AUGGGCGAUUUCAAUGACAUCGCCUGCCAAUCGGAAAAACUGGGAGAGCAUCCUCAUCCAGGGGCACUCAUCGAGGGUUUUAAUGACACCCUGGGAGACUGCCAGCUCGUUGAUCUUGGGAUGACGGGUGGCAGAUUCACGUGGGAGAAGGGUCGAGGGACGGAUGCAUGGGUGGAGGAACGUUUGGAUAGAGUCGUGGCUUCGUUAGAAUGGCUAGAGAUUUACGAGGAGGUAGAGGUACGAAAUGUUUGGACCUACAAUUCUGACCACUAUGCCAUCUUUUUGGACUUAGAUACACAGCCGGUGAGGGCGACUAGGAGGGCGUUCAAAUUUGAAUCGGCGUGGUUGCUUGAGGAGGGGUGUGCCAAGGUGGUUGAUGAAGCUUGGCGCCGGGCGAUGGGAAUGUGCUUCCAGCAAAAGAUAGCUGAGUGUGGUCAGCGGCUUUGGAGAUGGGGGGAGAGCAUUACCGCCAGUUUUGGAAUCGGAUAA